CGGGUGGGGUGCCGAGGGCCGGGGGCCACGGGUCCUCGCCACCGGCCCGCACCCUCGUUCCCAAGCCGGACUGAGCCCGUAAACCCGAAGGGAAGACCCGGCCACGCCACGCCGCUGGCCGCCCGAGGUGCGCGGAGACUCGGUGACAGUCACAGUGAACUGUUUGCACGGCUCUUUACUCACUGCUGUUCACCGUCAUUUUUGUGAUUUGGUCAGGGUUUAAAGUUAGCUUUCUCAUUUAGCAUUUUAGAACCGCAGACGCCUAUUUGAAAACCCAAUAGAUGGGCACGAUUUUACUACAGUAAGGAACUAGACUCUAGGGAUCUGAUGAGAAAGAUGAUGUUUUGAUUCAGUAACAAUGAAUCUGACAGUUCACCCAUCUGACCUUCUUCAUUCAUUCCCUGUAUAAGGGCAGACCAGUGUAGGCCAUUUAAACCCAUUACGUAGUGAUUGAGCCCAAGCCCGUUGGAUUAAUCAUUGAAUAUAAAAAACUAACUGAUUUUUAAAGACAGUAAACACUUUUAUGGCUGUAUUUCAUAAGAAGACACUUUUAUAUGUGUAUUUAUAUACCUGCAGCUGCGUCUAUAAUUUGUAUACCUUUAAUAAAGUGUAGCACAUCAAAAUAUGUUUUACAGUAAUCCUACGUUUGAACCUGGCUGUUGGGCUGGUGAGGAAGCUCACCGGCCGGUAAGGCACUAGCAGGCAAGCCUGACCGCAUGCCUUGUCUCCUCAGGACCCACGUGGUGAAGGGGAGAUUCCAGCAAGCUGUCCUUUGGCUUGUACGCCCACCCACCCCCCAGAAAUAAUAAACACAUGCAAUACAUUUUAAUGGUUUUUAAUAUUGUCUGGCUUUGAGGCGGAUUAUAGUUUCCUCAUCAAUUUACUUUGGCCAGAAAUGUAAACUAACGCCACUUUUAGAACUUCCAAGAGCCUGAAAGUGAACUAAGACCAUGUAGUGCAGCGUCUCUGUUCCAAGGGAAAACAGGUUGAGGAGGGAGGCUCCCCGAUGGCUUGUGGGACCGACUCUGACUCAGCCUCAGGAAAGUAUGAGUGAAAUGGUUUUUUGUCCGCGUUGUGUUUCAAUCUUAUCCCAUUCAGGUCUUCCUCGGUGACAGUAUCGAUGGAGGCCUUGGAAGGGUAUAGAUCCAUAUGUACCACCCCUGCCUCCCACAGGCAUUGUGUAGCUAUAGCAAGCAGGAGGCACUCACACUUCCAGGUUCUUGGAACCAGUCCCCCAUCGUAAUAAGCUUAGAUUUUUAUUAAGACUGUUGGAAAGUAGUUGAAUUCUCAUUUUUUUUUUACAGAAAAAUCAAUAUUUAAGUCAACUUAUUAUUUGUGAACUGUUUGGAGUGGUUUUUUUCCAGUGCUUGGAUUCCGUCUCCAGUGUGAAUGGUUUGAAGAUUGUGCUAACCCGGUGUAAAUGUUGUGACCUAUGAAUGACUUUUCAACAUGAAUUACACAGAGUCCAGCCCAUUGGCAGAAUCAACUCUAGCAGGUUUUAACUCUGAGUUGGGAAGCGUCACACCUGUGCCUUCCAAUGAGACCACUUGUGAGAACUGGAGAGAGGUCCAUCAUCUGGUGUUCCAUGUAGCAAACAUUUGUUUAGCAGUUGGUUUGGUGAUUCCAACCACUCUUCGCCUCCACAUGAUCCUUCUUAGAGGGAUGUUGUCUAUAGGGUGUACCCUUUAUGUAGUCUGGGCCACUCUCUACCGAUGUGCCUUGGAUAUAAUGAUCUGGAACUCGGUGUUCUUGGGUAUCAAUAUUUUGCAUCUUUCAUAUCUUUUGUACAAGAAAAGACCGGUCAAGAUCGAAAAGGAGCUGGGUGGUGUCUACCACCGAUUGUUUGAACCACUCCGUGUCCCUCCUGAUUUAUUCAGAAGGUUAACUGGACAGUUUUGUAUGAUCCAGACCUUGAAAAAGGGCCAGACGUACGCCACAGAGGAUAAAACCUCAGUUGAUGAUCGUCUUAGUAUUCUCCUAAAGGGGAGAAUGAAGGUCUCCUAUCGAGGACAUUUUCUGCAUAACAUCUACCCCUGUGCCUUUAUCGAUUCCCCAGAAUUCAGAUCAACCCAGAUGCACAAAGGGGAAAAGUUCCAGGUCACCAUUGUUGCAGAUGAUAACUGCAGGUUUUUAUGCUGGUCAAGAGAAAGACUGACUUACUUUCUGGAGUCAGAGCCUUUUCUGUACGAAAUUUUUAGAUAUCUUAUAGGAAAAGACAUAACAAAUAAACUCUACUCACUGAAUGAUCCUACCUUAAAUGAUAAAAAAGUUAAGAAGCUGGAGCCGCAGAUGAGCCUGUGCACACAGAUCACCAUGCUGGAGAUGAGGAACAGCAUCACCAGCUCCAGUGACGGCGAGGACGGCCUCCACCACUUUCUGCGGAGCUCCUCCAGCACGUCUUCUCUCCCUGUGUCCUCCCCGCAGCAUCGAGCCUCUGCCAAGAUGAAGCCGAUAGAGGAAGGGGCAGAAGACGACGAUGAGGUCUUUGUGCAGGUGUCCGCAGAUACACUUAAAUCCCAUCGGUUGCACUGAUGAGCAUUUAAGUGACCAAGAUGGGAGCUUCCUGAGGAGAAGUACCUCGCUCUGCUGUGACUUUGAGGUGGUUUGCUUCUGUCCUGCCAGAUGGGAAGUGAGGAAGGGCCGUGGUCAGGAGGUGUGUGCUGCUUGUCCUGGCAGUCAGCUCCUUAAGUUAGCUGAGCCUUUCUGACUAGGCCGUGCUCUAUUUUGAGAUACGUAUUUUCUCAGUAGAUAUAUUAAUAUUCUUUUAACUAAUCUUAUAGCUGUCAACACAAAUGCCUUUUCACUUAUUUUUCUAAGUGUGGCUCUUUUUUUCUCACGUGCAUUUUUUUCUCUGUCAUGGUAAUUUAGAACGAGUUGUUCUUUUGAUCAUUUUAACAAUGUAAGUCGAAAUUGAGGCUGACAUGACAUUAAAAAUUUUACCUUUGGUUCA